CAGGGCCCAGGUCCAGGGGGCUGAGAGCAGUCAAUCCCCGACGUCGCCCACGGGAGGAGCCCAGGAGGAACCCCGAGGGGUGAAGACAGGGCCGGCCAUGAGGACCCCGAGGGGCCGCUGGCCAGCAGGGCGCCAGCACAGAGCCCCCAUCCAGCUCCCGCCCGCCCGCCCAGCACAACCACCCUCACCUGGGACCGAGCCCCUCCUGCCUGCUCCCCGCUCCGUGGGCGCUGCUGGGGGGCUCAGAGGUUUGCUCCUGGGCCACCCGGGAGCAGGGCUUGGCCGGGGCGGGGUUCCUCUAAAAGAAGCCAUUGUCUGCAUCACAGAGCCGGCGAUCUAGAACCCACCUUCCCACAGAGCCACAUUCUAGAGCCCGGGUGCCGGGGCCCCCCGAUUCUUAAAGCCCCCCGGUGGGAGAGGAGGGGGAGGUGGAAGCCUUCCUCUCCAUGUCCCUUUUUCGGGAAGUCCCCGACGCGGAGGACGAUGCGACGGGACCACCUCUGAGGAGGCUCGGUCCAUAGGUUGCUCGGAGCACCGCCCCUGGACCAGAGCCGGCCAUGACGGAAGAAGUAUGGGUGGGAACCUGGAGGCCCCAUCGCCCCCGGGGGCCCAUCAUGGCCCUCUACAGCAGCCCGGGCCCCAAGUACCUGAUUCCAGCCACCACAGGCUUCAUGAAGCACACGCCCACCAAGGUGCGGGCGCCAGCCUACAGCUUCCGCGGGGCCCCCCUGCUCCUGGCCGAGAACUGCUCCCCGGGGCCUCGCUACAGUGUGAACCCCAAGGUACUGAGGACUGGCAAGGACCUCGGCCCCGCCUUCUCCAUCCUGGGGCGCUACCACACCAAGACCACGAUGACCCCUGGCCCCGGCGACUACUUUCCAGAGAAAUCUACCAAGUAUGUGUUCGACUCGGCGCCCAGCCACUCCAUUUCUGCCCGGACCAAGACCUUCCGGGUGGACAGCACCCCAGGCCCUGCCGCCUACAUGCUGCCCAUGGUGAUGGGGCCCCACACGGUUGGCAAGGCCUCCCAGCCCUCCUACUCCAUCAAGGGCCGCAGCAAGCUGGGCGGCUUCAGCGAAGACCUGCAUAAGACCCCAGGUCCCGCGGCCUACCACCAGACCGACGUGCAGGUGACCAAGUUCAAGGCUCCGCAGUACACCAUUGCGGCCCGAGUGGAGCCCCCGGGGGACAAGACCCUCAAGCCAGGACCAGGAGCCCACAGCCCCGAGAAGGUGACCCUGACCAAGCCCUGCGCCCCCAUCGUCACCUUUGGCAUCAAACAUUCCGACUACAUGACCCCCCUGAUCCUGCAGGUGGACUAGCCCCGGGCGGGGCAGGGAUGGGCAGAGCCCAGCCACCGCCCGCCUGGCCUGCGGGCCGAAGCAUGCUUCUUUGGACAAUUAUGAUUUUUCUAUGCAUCCCCUUGCUAAUUGUGUGCCCACAUAUAUAAUAAAUCAUGAUUCCAUUUGC